CUCGGGAAUUGUAUGUUCAACAUAUGACGCAAGUGAAGCACAUAAAUUCUGCUCAGAAAUUGAUCCAACUUGGCAACCGAUACUAAAAAAUCCAAAUGUACUUGUCGAUCUUUCUUCAAAUACAAUUAAGCAUAACUAUCUUUCAGAGUACAAUCGAGCACGUUUAGAUUUAUUAGCUUACAUUAUUGUAACACGAGUUAUUCCUGGACAAGUAGAUCGGCUGCAGCAAUUACGAGAUGCAAUUGAACAAGCUUCGAAUACUGCUUCUGAAUUAUUAUCUCAAGAUGACAUACCCCAAGAUGAUAUACUAACCCAAGAUAAUGUGCUACCUCAAGAUGAUGUAUUAUCUGUAUUACCCCAAGACGACAUACUUUCUCAAAACGAUGAGCUAUCUCAAGAUGACAUACCCCAAGAUGAUAUACUAACCCAAGAUAAUGUGCUACUUCAAGAUGAUCUAUCUCAGGAUAUCACAUUAACUCUGGAUACUGCAAUUGAAAAUGAAA